CCGGCCCUGACAUGGCGUCCUUCCCGCCAGAGACCAAGGUGUACGUGGGGAACCUGGGCACAGGCGCGGGCAAAGGCGAGCUGGAGAGAGCCUUCAGCUACUACGGGCCCCUGAGAACCGUGUGGAUCGCGAGGAACCCGCCGGGGUUUGCCUUCGUGGAGUUUGAAGACCCGAGGGACGCUGAAGAUGCUGUGCUUGGCCUCGAUGGAAAGAUAAUAUGUGGCUCCAGGGUUAGAGUGGAAGUGUCAACAGGGAUGCCUCGUCGCUCCCGUUACGACAGGCCUCCUGCACGGCGCCCCUUUGACCCUAAUGACAGAUGCUAUGAGUGUGGUGAGAAAGGCCACUAUGCUUAUGAUUGUCACCGUUACAGUCGCCGAAGGAGGAGCAGGUCCCGGUCUAGAUCCCGUUCAAGGUCCCGAGGAAGAAGGUAUUCUCGGUCACGCAGUCGGAGUCGUGGUAGGAGAUCAAGGUCAGCUUCCUACCGCAGGUCCAGGUCAAUCUCUCCUCGUAGGUAUAGAUCAUUUUCACCCCGCAGAUCUCGGUCUGGUUCUUUAAGGAGAUCAAGAUCUAGGUCCAGAUCACGCUCAAGGUCCCGGUCUGUUGCAUGGCCUCGAAGCAGUCGCUCAAAGUCCAGAUCACCAUCUCCAAAGAGAAGUCACUCACCAUCAGGAAGCCCUUGAAGGAGUACAAGUCCUGAAAGAAUGGGUUCAAAUUUAAAAUGUUUAAGAAGAAAAUUUAUUUUGUUUACAUUAUUAUAA